AUGAACCAGCUGUCGAAAAUAGUGGAAAGGAAGGAAGUCACAAAGACAGAUGCACUGAGGAUAGGCUCUGUCAUACCAGAUUUGUUAACGCCAGAGAUGGCCAGAGAUGACCUUCUUGUUGACCUUGUGAGCAUGCUCAGUCAGCUUCCUUUGAAGAGCUUCAUGGACCACAAGAUGUGCGUAUUCGCUGUGCGUAACGCUCUGGUCACCAUCAAGAGACGGGACACUGUCAGAGUGACUGUGGAUGUGGCCGUGGACAGCUCCAGCCUGCUGUUGACAAUCACCAGGAGUCUGCUGGACUACACAAAACGUGAUCACGCACCCACUUACUUUACUUUCAGCAUGAUGCAUCAAACGAUCAGUUAUUUGCUGGACUGGGUUGAUGUGAUCUUGGACGUUAAACAUGAAGAUAUGCUCUUACAACGCGUGGAGUACACUCGCCCCGACCUUUAUUUCAAGAUGAGCAGAAUAACCAAGAACGUGUUGGCAAGUUUCAAGAACAUCGGGAGGACACUGAUAUUGCGACACUUGCCCUCCCAGACUCACAGGUGGAUCGAGAGUACGUUAGGUGUGAUCUCCAUGUGGACCAAGGUAGACGAUCCUGUGUCACUCAGCAAGUUUGAACUCGGCGGGAAAUUUGAGGAGAUAGUUCCAGUUGCAGUGUCGGAGAGGUUGGCAAAAUAUGCUGCGGCAAUCCAUAGAGAUUUGGGUUUAUCGUUUGUAUAUCUUGAGAAGAGUCCAUUAUGGUGGCACAAGGGUGUGAAUACAAUCAACCUAGAUAUUCACUUAUGCUUCAAGAAAUCACAACGAAUCUGCAACUAUCCACGGUUCCUACCGGGACCUCUCAGAGUGGCUUACAAUGGCACCGAUGUUCUCAUUACUCAGAUAAGAAACACCACUGGUGUGGUUCACCAGUUUGAUCACUCCAACUCUAUAAGGAAUCUGGAUGAAGAGCUUACGAUAUUCAAGCUACAUGCUCCGUUCAAGGGUAGAGUGUAUGUCGACUUCCAGGAUGGGCUCCAUAUCAAUAAACUGCUGGUGCAGUUCAGAGCAAACUACAGGCCAAAUUACACAAGCUUGAGUUCUAAAGGAGUCAUGGUAAAUAGUUCACUCAGAAAUGCUCUUACUUACGACCCAGAGGAUGAAGAUCACCUCCACUACAUGGCUCUCAUGCCCCUUCCCCAGGUAUCAAAGAGUGAAACUGUCAACUUUACAGCGAGAAUUUACUAUAAAUUGUGCAAGACUUGGAGCAGAGGCAGCUGGAGAAGUUCAGGGUGCAAGGUGUCGGACAGGUCCACGAGAGAGCGGCUGGUGUGUGAGUGCGCUCACCUCUCCAUGUUCGCCGCGCAGUUGGCAGUGCCGUACAUUCGCGAAGACACACUGCAAGUGUUGGUGCUGGAACCUGUCCAGGCCGGCAAGAUUCUGCCUGUCCUGAUCCUGCUGAGUCAGCUGGCCCUGUACCUGGUGGGUUGCGUCUUCGCCUGGCUAGUCGACCGCAGAGAUAAAGCCAAGCGCUACGUGAUAGUCCUGGAAGACAACUACCCAGGAGACGAGGCAGCGUACUUGCGCUACGUGAUAGUCCUGGAAGACAACUACCCAGGAGACGAGGCAGCGUACUUGCGCUACGUGAUAGUCCUGGAAGACAACUACCCAGGAGACGAGGCAGCGUACUUGCGCUACGUGAUAGUCCUGGAAGACAACUACCCAGGAGACGAGGCAGCGUACUUGCGCUACGUGAUAGUCCUGGAAGACAACUACCCAGGAGACGAGGCAGCGUACUUGCGCUACGUGAUAGUCCUGGAAGACAACUACCCAGGAGACGAGGCAGCGUACUUGCGCUACGUGAUAGUCCUGGAAGACAACUACCCAGGAGACGAGGCAGCGUACUUGCGCUACGUGAUAGUCCUGGAAGACAACUACCCAGGAGACGAGGCAGCGUACUUGCGCUACGUGAUAGUCCUGGAAGACAACAACCCAGGAGACGAGGCAGCGUACUUGCGCUACGUGAUAGUCCUGGAAGACAACUACCCAGGAGACGAGGCAGCGUACUUGCGCUACGUGAUAGUCCUGGAAGACAACUACCCAGGAGACGAGGCAGCGUACUUGCGCUACGUGAUAGUCCUGGAAGACAACUACCCAGGAGACGAGGCAGCGUACUUGCGCUACGUGAUAGUCCUGGAAGACAACUACCCAGGAGACGAGGCAGCGUACUUGGUGUGUGUGGUGACUGGAGCACGUUUCAGCGCAGGGACCACAGCAAUAUAUGAUAGUGUUUGGUUGUUUAGCGCUACGUGA